AUGAACAGAAAGGAAAGGUCGAGGUUCGAGACGUGGCUCUUGGUCCUCACUGGACUCUACCAUACCUACGACCAGUGGACCCGGGUUCUGCUGCCUUUCGCGCAAUGGCAACUCGAACCACAUCCAUCCAUUACAGUCAUGUUGGGACUCAAUUCCCUCGGUUCGGCCUUUACCUUCUUCGGAACAUUUUUCAUCGCCGAAAUGGUGAGACCAAUGAAAGAAAAACAAAUCAAGAGAGCUCCAGAUUGAUGUUUGGGGAAUGAGAACAAGUGCGCUUUUGAUUGCGAUUUUCGUAGCAGUUUACCAGGUAUAUAACAAUUUCAGUAUAAAAUGCUAAGUUUCUUCAGAUAAUCAUCUGCUCCACAACUGAUGUGUGGGUUUAUGGGGCUCUACAGAGUAUCCUCAUGUUUAACAACAUGCAAAUGGUCGUGGACGCCGGAAUACUGCAUCUAGAGGUUCAUAUUUAAUACUUAAAAAAUUGGCAAAGACUAUCAUGAUCUUUUUCGAAAAACUUUAUAAAAUGCUUAAUAAAAUGCUCAAAUGAGAAUGAAAAUUCCUUUCCAGGGAGAGCACGGAGAUGCAAAGAAAAGGUCUCGAUUGGUUACAAAAAUGCUCAUUCCGAUGAGCGUUGGUUAUGCAGCGGGUCCUUAUUGUGCUUUGCAGGUUUUAAAAACAAGUGAUGAACCAAAAAAACUUCACUGCAGAUGAUUUUCUUCGUAACAUCUUCCUUGAUCACCUCUCAAACUGUGUGCAGUAUUCUAACAUUAACAACUCUUAUUCCAAUAAUCCUUACGCGGCUGCCGGAUAAAAAAACAAGUUUUAGCCGAAUUGAGUAUUUAAGACCCAAAUUGUUCAAGGCAGGAACUUCGAAUGGCCAGAUUUGAAGACAUAUCGAGAAAUGAUAGGGAUUUCGCGAAUCCGUUGGUGCAUUAUUUAUCUCGUGGUAAGAAGGACACAAUUUCAAAAAAACACGGCACUCAGAUGGUAAGCGGACCAUACAUCUCCUACGACAACAUCGUCCGAAUUUCUAUGGCUUCGACUGUCGUUCACGACCCUCAAAUGAUACAUCAGCUGGUAGGAUUGACAGACAAACAACAUAAAUCAAGCCGGAAUAAGUUUUUCAUGCUCGGACUGACAACAAUGACCGUCAACGCCAUAGUUUUACCGAGAAUCCAGGCUCUCUGGAGUCCUCAGACAUUACUUAUCGGCUCGUUUUCGCUACUCAGUCUUUCUUACUCUUACAUGGCCAUGUUCCAUGACUACUCUCACUUACUGGUCGGAAUGCCCAUUCAAGUGAGCCAAGUUCCCCAGGCGCAUCGAGUAAACAUAUUCAGGUGUUUGCGGUUUCGAUCUGUAUCGGAGAAAUAUCCUCUCAACUCAUGGGAAACGUUGGGAAAGAGUACGCUGGAAAGGUGCGUAAGUUUAUGAGAAAAUUCAAACACUCCUGAUUCCUAAAAACAUCCGAGUCACAAAAAGAGGUUCGAAAAUUUUAGGCAACGGCUCUAAUACGGAUGUCGCAGCUUGGGGCCUCAAUGCUGACGCCUCUCGUCGCCGGAGCCUAUCUCACCGAGUCAGACACGACUCCUCUUUGCAUCACCAACGCUCUCAUAUCACUAGCAGCAAUACCACUUGUGCACAAAUAUGCUGAUUUUAUGAAAUUCGAUAUUGCUCUUUUGACGGUUCACUCCGUCAAAAUGGAAUGA